AUGCUAGACUUGGCAGAUAACCAGCUUUCUGGACCGAUUCCAGUUUCCUCUGGUGGUUCUCCAGGACUUAACCUACUUACACAAGCGAAACAUUUCCAUUUCAAUAAGAAUCGGUUAAAUGGUAAUCUAACUGGCCUCUUCAACUCUAGUAUGAGCCUCGAACACAUAUUAUUUGACAACAAUCAAUUAUCUGGUCAUAUCCCUGCCGAGCUUGGUGACAUCGCAACCCUUGAAAUCAUCCGAUUAGAUAAGAACAACUUCACAGGAGAAGUUCCAAGCAACAUCAGUAACCUAGUCAACCUAAAUGUCCUGAAUUUAGCAAACAACCAGCUGAGUGGAACAAUGCCAGAUCUCAGUAGCCUGAACACACUAAAUGUGGUGGAUUUAAGCAACAAUUUGUUCGAUCCAUCAGAAGCACCAGACUGGUUCUUGAGUUUAACAUCUCUUGUUUCAGUAGCAAUAGAUAACGGAGGACUCUCCGGCAAGGUUCCCAAAGAGCUCUUCACCUUGCCCCAACUGCAGCAAGUUAUACUAAGAAAUAACGCACUGAAUGGAAGCUUUGAGAUGACUGGGAACAUCACCCAACAAUUGAAGAUCGUGAAUCUCCUUAACAAUCGUAUAGUUGAUGCCAAUAUAACACAAAGCUACAACCAGACCCUAGUACUUGUGGGAAAUCCUGUGUGCUUGGAUUCAGAAUUCUCGAGCAAAUUCUUUUGCAGCCUUCAGCAAGCGAACCUGGUACCAUACACCACUAAUUUAACCAAAUGUGGUACAACCUCAUGUUCCAGUGACCAAAGUGUAGACCCUGCAACUUGCAGUUGUGCCUAUCCUUACACGGGUAACAUGACCUUCAGAGCACCAUCGUUCGCUGACCCGAGCGACAGUGCGACUUUUCAGCUACUAGAAACUAGCCUCUGGAAACAGCUGGCACCACGCCCUGGUGCAGUUUCCCUUUCUAAUGUCCGUUUCAGCAGUGAGGACUAUCUCCAAGUUAAAGUGAGCCUCUUUCCAGCGACUGGGACAUCGUUCAAUCUGUCAGAUGUAAUAAGCAUUGGCUCUGAAAUUAGUAGCCAAACUUACAAGGCACCACCCAUUUUCGGACCUUAUUACUUCAUGGCAGAUCCAUAUGCCCCAUUCGCAGAUGGUGGUGGCAAUGGAAAAUCUCAAAUGAGCAAAGGCGCUGUGGCUGGAACUGCAGUAGCCUGUGCUUCAUGGGGAGGUGCACAAAAAGAUAGUGGAGGUGCUCCACAGCUCAAAGGAGCAAGGUUCUUUUCUUUUGAUGAACUGAAGAACUGUACCAAAAAUUUCUCAGAAGAUCAUGAGAUAGGAUCAGGAGGCUAUGGAAAGGUUUACAAGGGAACGAUUGCAGAUGGAACAAGUGUUGCGAUAAAACGAGCAGAGUAUGGAUCAAAGCAAGGUGCGGUGGAGUUCAAGACUGAGAUUGAGCUGCUGUCCAGAGUUCAUCACAGGAACCUGGUAAGCCUGAUAGGAUUUUGCUAUGAACAAGGGGAGCAGAUGCUGGUGUACGAAUAUGUUUCCAAUGGUACACUGCGAGAGAACUUGCAAGGUAUUAAGGGAAUCUACCUGGACUGGAAGAAGAGGCUCAGGAUUGCUCUUGGCUCAGCCAGAGGACUAGCGUAUCUUCACGAACUCGCUGAUCCACCCAUUAUCCACAGAGACGUCAAGUCGACAAAUAUCCUUUUGGAUGACAAUCUUAAAGCAAAGGUUGCUGAUUUUGGCCUAUCAAAGCUAGUUGCAGACACCGAAAAGGGCCAUGUUUCUACUCAAGUCAAAGGAACACUUGGCUAUUUGGACCCCGAGUACUACAUGACGCAGCAGCUCUCGGAGAAGAGCGACGUGUACAGCUUCGGCGUGGUCAUGCUCGAGCUACUGAGCGCCAGGCUGCCCAUAUCGAAGGGCACAUACAUCGUCCGGGAGUUCAGGGUGGCCAUAGAUCCCAACGACCACGACUACUACGGGUUGCAGGGCACGAUCGACCCGGCUAUCCACGACGCGGCCAAGUCCGCCGGGUUCAGGAGGUUCGUGCAGCUCGCCAUGGAGUGCGUGGAGGAGUCGGCUUCAAGACGCCCCACGAUGGGCUCGGUGGUGAAGGAGAUCGAGACGAUGAUCCACAACGAAGGGCUGAGUUCAUCCGCCUCGUCUGUCACAGAGUUCGAGCACGCAGGGGCAGGGCAAGCCUCCGCGGUACCAUACAGCAACAGCAGCAGCAGUGGCAGCGGCGGCAUAUCAGAACAACUCGCUCACCGUGGAAGGCGACAAUAA